AUGCGCUUGCUUUACAACAGACUGGUGCGGUACCUCAAGUCCCGUGACUGGAAUCUGGCAGAGGCAGAGCGACAGUUGAUUGACACAGUGGAAUAUCGGCGCCGGACGCAGCCCUUGAGAGUGGACUGUUUGUGCCACAAAAGGCCUGGCUUCCACUCGAUGCGCCAAGUGGGCCAUGACCUGGCGGGACGACCAGUCAUUUACGCGAACUUCGCGCAGGCCAGCACACACCGCGCCACAGCUGAUGACACCAUGAGUCACGCCAUCUACCUUAUCGAGAACGCCAAGCGCUCCAUGGGACCGGUGUCCACCUGGGUCUUCGUCAUGGACUGCACAGGUAACUAA